CGCGCUUGCUCCCCCUCUUACCCUGUGUGCGAGACGCCGCGCCUCACUGCGCACCAUGGCCCGGCUGCUGGCGCUGCUGGGCCCGGCGGGCAAGGUGGGCGCCCGGGUCCGGCCUCGCGCCACCUGGUUCCUGGGCGCCGCUGCCCCCUGCGCCCCGCCGCCCCUCUUCCUGCCGCUGCUCCGGCCGGGGCCAGAAGCCCGGCUCCUGGGCGCAACCCGCGGGGGCUGCGGCGGCCGCCAGGACCCCGGCAAAAUCACUGCGACAACAGACGGUAACGUCAGCACAGAGGAGAAAAAGCAAAGCAAGUCGCAGCAGCUGAAAAAGAUUUUUCAAGAAUAUGGGGCGGUCGGCGUGUCGUUGCACAUCGGGAUCUCAUUAGUCUCCCUGGGCAUAUUUUACAUGGUUGUUUCGAGUGGCGUGGACAUGUCUGCCAUCCUGCUGAAGCUCGGAUUUAAAGAGUCACUGGUGCAAUCCAAAGUGGCCGCGGGCACAAGCACCUUUGUGGUGGCCUAUGCCAUCCACAAGCUGUUCGCACCAGUGAGAAUCAGUAUUACCUUAGUUUCUGUGCCCUUGAUUGUCAGAUAUUUUCGCAAAGUGGGAUUUUUUAAACCUCCAGCUGCGAAGCCUUAACGAACUCUUCAGUUGUGGGCCUGAAAAACUCUUUUAACUUACAGAUUUUGUAUUGGUUUUAGGGGUGUAGUGGUCUUGUUUUGGGGGAGUGCAAAGGGCAGGGGCUAAUUGCUACGUUCUCAUCGAUAAGUUUUACUUUUGCUAGCAAAAUUCAGGUUUUUGAGUAAUUAUAAUUUUUUUGCUUUAUAAAUGUUGUUAGUGCUACUCAUCAUAGGGCUUGUAUCCAUAAUCUAAAAUGUCAGCAAACCAUCACAAAUGAGUUGUCAUCUCAGACAAAACUGUUGGUUUAUGAAAUGUUCCUUGUGGAAGAUCAUUGGCGAGGGUCUUUCUGCAAAAGCCCCAAGGGUUAAUUUUUGCUCAAAUUCUUAAAGGGCAACGAUUCAUUAAGCUAAUUUUAAAAUUCCCUUUCCUCCAAUAUUUGUUGUCAGGCUGCCUGUGGUUUAAUAUCCAAUAUUCUGCAAAACAGCCGCCAGCGCUGCAAUUAAUGAAGCAGAAUUUAAGACUUAACAAUAUGUAAUCAGGAUCUAAAUUAGAAUCAACAACACCUUCAUAUUCAUUAUACGUGUUUUGGGGAAACAAAAACAAGUAUCUCUGGUGUAUUUCAUUGGUCUCAAAACCCCUUCAAAACUGGGCGUGACGGGGCCUGCCUCAGGUGGGUUUCCUCAAAUUUCAUCACAGUAGGUCAGGGUCGUUUGUCUCUGGAGGUGAAAUAUGGAAACUCGUCCAACAAUAAUGGCUCCACUUGGUUCCUGACGCCAGUGUCCUAAGAGGAGUUUGGAUACUGCACACGGAAAGCUAAGACGAUCUUUGCCUAAUCCCCUCUCUCUAACUUCAGACAUUCCAGAAUUGCUGUCACAAUGUUUACAUUGUGUUGCUACUUCUAUUUUUCAACUGAGUUAAAAUAAUGUAUAAUAAAAACAAGAUUUUGGGGCCGGUGGCUCAGGCGGUUAGAGCUCCGUGCUCCUAACUCCGAAGGCUGCCGGUUCGUUUCCCACAUGGGCCAGUGGGCUCUCAACCACAA